GUCGAGCAGGCUGCUAAAAGGGGAACCAAGCCUGAGAAGAAAAAAGUAGAGCCUAACGACGAGCUAAGCAAAGUUCUCGACUUCAAAAAGUUCGACAUUUCCGAGUUGGAUUGCAUUUUCGCGGAUUUUAAAACAACGUUGGAUCCAUUCGUCCAAAAUCGCGAGGACAUGGCCAGAGCAGAGGAAUCCUUUAAGAAAGCUGUUACCACGCUGGAACAAGUCAGUCCGCAUGCGCAGUUCAGUGAAUAUGUGCACGCCCUGAAGACGCGACUCACAUCAGAGGGAAUCGUAGUCAAGAUAAAAGAGGGAGCUCUGGCCAUUUACACAGAGGGAAAAAAGACAGUACAAGAAAUUCUUGAUGCAGUAGCUGCUGUAAAUGCCAUACUCAAACUGUCGAAGGAAUUAAAAGCUAUGCCGAUGAUUAUCGCAAGAGGAAGUGACGAUGCAGUCGAGAGAGCUGAAGGAAUGGAUCUGCCAGGAAUCUUGAAACGAGAGUUUAAGAGCGUGUGGGAUUUGGGAAAGAUCCCAAGGCUCAUAAAGGCCUUCAGCAACAACGUCCAACAAGUGAGGAGAGCUCCUGACAUGGUGCGCGAUUGCUACAGCCAAGCCAAGAAGAUCAUC